AUGGCUGGACAGGAGGUCGUCCAAGCCAAUGGCCAGCUCGAUGCAUCGCCUCCUCGCGAGCGACCAUGGUUGCUACCUUAUAAUCGCAAGCUCAGACAUCUCCAAGGCAUCACCAUUCGCAACCUCACGCUGACUGCCACUCCAUCGAGGGCAAGGGGAAAGACGUUUGACGAUGAAGCGAUUCCCAGUACGCUGAAGUCACCUGCCAAAGCGCUUGCACUGCGCCAAGGCAAAGGCCUGUCCCAUUCACGCUCAUCGAGCCAUCUCCAAUCCUCCUCAGAAGCUACCCGGCAGAAUGGCAGCUUGCAUCGUCCUACGACCCCCACCAAUUCCUCCAGACCACGAUUAGGCAAUGGGCUAGAAAGACGAGCAACAAUGGAAUGGUCGAAUGCCAGUCCCCUUACCCGUCAGAAGAAGCUCGAAGACAUCACAGCAGGGCGCAUGGCCGACACCUUCUUCACCUUGCAUGUAGAAGAGCAGGAAGAGCCAAUCUACGUUUCAGAAGUCGCAGAGAAGGCGAUGAACCCGAACUUCAAAUUCUUCGAUCUGGGCGCCUGUGGGCCUCGCGUCACACGCCUCGACAAGCUCACGGUCAGAGUCUGGGCAAAGAGCGAGACCAUGACCGAGUGGCAGUAUCUCCUGGAUUACACGGUUCGCUUCAGGUCGCUGCAAUUCAUUGGCAAAACACUUGGGCGCUUCAGACAUCCCCUACCCCAGAAUUGCGUCCUGUUCCACAUGACAGACGGAAUAUACACGAGUUUUACCGACUUGCCAGUGCAGGAGAGGGUGUACCAAGAGGUACUUGCACCACCUCGGGAGCACCCAGAAGGACGUGUUCUCAAAUCCUCCUCGUACGAUGCGCUUAUGCGCCUCUCGACGCUAGACGACUGCAUUCAAGACGCUCUCGCGACACGAGACCGCAUCGCCGACGAAAUCGAGCACAUUCUUGAGUCCAACAAGGAAGCCAUAAGCACGGUCGAAUGUGUGCCUGAGACCGAGGAAAAGUUAAGGACAGUGGAGGCAGCCGUCAUUGCUGAAAAGCGCCGCGUAGUAGCCGCCCGCCGUCGCCGCGACGAGUUGAAAGCCAACAUUGAGGAACGAAGAGAAAAGAUGCGUCUAGGCCGUGAACAGCAAUCAAUGCUCUCCACUGAGCUUAUCUCUCAACGCGAGACGCACAGCGAAACCCUUGCGCUCCAUGCCCAACAAUGCGAAGCUAUACAUGCCCAACGGCGGCGUAUAUGCGAGGAUAUCCAACGCAUCUUCCUCAUUGAACCCUCUCCGUCUGGGAAAUCGCUCUGCUUCACCAUCCGCGGUCUUCCACUUCCCAACUCCACCUUUGACGAAGCCGACCAAGACGUCGCAGCAGCAGCUCUAGGCUACGUCGCACACAUAGUAACCCUCCUAUCCCCCUAUCUCUCCGUCAUACUCCCCUACCCCGUUACCCUCCAAGGCUCCACCUCCACCAUACACGACCCUCUGGCCCUCGGCACUCCAACCGCCAAAUCUGCCUCCAGUCCCAAUCUCCGCGUUUACCCCCUCUACAUGCGUGGCGUGGUGCGCUAUCGCUUUGAAUAUGCAGUCUUCCUCCUCAAUAAGGAUAUUGAAAUUUUAUCCAAUGCGCUCGGUCUCCGUCCUCUGGAUAUCCGCCACACGCUGCCGAACCUAAAAUACCUCUUGUAUAUCGCGACGGCGGGGAAAGGGGAAUUGCCGGCGAGAAAAGCGGGCGGAAUCAAGGGUCUGCUAGGCAUUGGCGGUAAGAUCCGGAAAGGCAGUGUGGAUAGCUUGGGCAGCUUGGGGACGGUGGAGAGCGGUGGCACGCCGGUGGAGGAGGUCAAGAGGAAUCUAGAGAGCGCUGGGGCGCGGUUAGGCGCGGGCGCUGGCAAAGAUGGGAACCUUGGUUUAGUCGGCCUAUUCGGCGGCAAAGGGAGAAGUAGUGCGCAGGUGGGGAGUCGGCUACGACCUGUCGAUAGAUAG